AUGGAUAAAGGAAUGUAUUUAGUAUUUAAACCAAGUUUAAAGAAAGAAUCUGAUCGUAAAGCACAACUUGCUACAAUACAAGCUUCUAAAGCUUUAUCUGAUAUUGUACGAACAACUUUAGGUCCACGUUCUAUGUUAAAAAUGCUCUUAGAUCCUAUGGGUGGUAUUGUUAUAACUAAUGAUGGGAAUUCAAUAUUACGUGAAAUAGAUGUGAAUAAUCCUGGAGCAAAAUCAUUAAUAGAAUUAAGUCGUAGUUUAGAUGAAGAAGUUGGUGAUGGUACAACAAGUUGUGUAAUACUUUGUGGUGAAUUACUAUCAAAUUGUGCUACAUUAAUUAAGAAAGAAAUUCAUCCUACUGAAAUUAUUCAAGGUUUAAUGGAAGCUCUUGAUGAUACACUUGUUGCACUUGAUCAUAUUUCUAUACCAAUUAAUAUUAAUAAUCAUGAUAAAUUAUUAAAUAUUAUACAAUCAAGUUUAAGUACAAAAUUUAGUAAUCGUUGGGGUAAUUUAAUAUCAAAAUUAGCUCUUGAUUCUAUUUUCAAACUUUAUAAUUCCAAUAAAUCUAAUCAAAUCAAUCUUACCAAUCAAUUGAAUGGAUUGAAUGGAGUUAACGGAGUUAAUGGUACUAAUGGAUUGAAUGGAACUACUGUUACUAAUGGAGUUAAUGGAAUAGUUAAUGGACUUAAUCAUACUAAUGGUACUGAGGGAGUUACUGGAACUAAUGGAACUACUGGAGUUACUACUACCGUUGGACCAAGCACCGUAACGGGAGACACCGUUACGGGAGACACCGUAAUGGAAGAAGUUACUGUAUUGGAUAUUAAAAGAUUAAUAAAAAUAGAGAAGAUAAUAGGUGGUUAUAUAGAAGAUUCGAUAGUAUUGGAUGGUGUAGUAGUGAAUAAAGAUGUAGUCCAUUCAAAUAUGCGUAGACGUAUUGAGAAUCCAAGAAUACUAAUAUUAGAUUGUACUUUGGAGUAUAAAAAAGGUGAAAGUCAGACGAUGGUUGAUAUUUAUGAUGAAACUGUUUGGAAUAAAUUAUUAUUACAAGAAGAAACUGAAAUUAAACAAAUGUGUCAAUAUAUUAUUAAUUCCAAUUGUAAUCUUAUUAUUACUGAAAAAGGUGUAAGUGAUUUGGCCCAACAUUAUUUGGUAAAAGCAAAUAUAACAUGUUUACGUCGUGUUAGAAAGAGUGAUACAAAUAGAAUAGCAAAAGCUUGUGGUGCAACGAUUGUAAAUCGUCCAGAAGAAAUUACAGAAUCUGAUAUUGGUUACAAUUGUAAAUUAUUUCAUGUUGAUAAAAUUGGUGAUGAAUAUUAUUCUUUUUUUGAUCAAUGUAUUAAUACUAAAGCUUGUUCUAUUCUAUUAAGAGGUUCUUCUAAAGAUGUUUUAAAUGAAAUUGAACGGAAUUUAUAUGAUGCAUUAUCAAUAUGUCGUAAUAUAAUUUAUAAUUGUAAAUUAUUACCUGGUGGAGGUGCUACAGAAGUUUAUAUCUCCAAUUAUCUCAAUCAACAAAUCUCCAAGAAGGUUGGAUUGAAGAGAUUAAGUUAUGAAUGUGCUAGUAAAGCAUUUCAAGUAAUACCAAAAACAUUAGCACAAAAUUGUGGAAUUAAUCCAAGUUCGUUACGGUGUUUCGUUACGGUGCUUGCUCCAGCAGCCACCAAUAUCACCAGCCCUGAAAGGGUUAAAUUGAUGAGUGAAUUAUUAAUGUUACAUAAUAAUGGUGAAAUACAUAUGGGUAUUAAUGGUGAAACGGGAGAAAUAAUUAAUGUAAUCAAUCAUAAUAUCUAUGACAUUUAUCUUGUCAAAUCACAAGUCUACAAAUCAUCAUUUGAAUCCGUAUCUUCAAUUACUAAUACUCAAUACUAA